CUCUACUUUGCCGUUCAGUUUGUCUCCUUCAUCUAUUCUUAUGUUUUAUCUUCGAACCCAAUUUCUACCCCUACCAACGUUUUCAUCCUUCAGAGGGCAGAUGAUAACAGCAGCCACAUCUACGAGACUCCGUACGCCUCGAUCCACCUGGUUUCGGAAGACCCGUCGAGUUCAGGCGAACAGGACCAGCUUGGCCUGUUGGUCCCAGCAGCCGGCCAGCCCAAGGUUGGCAUUUGCAUGCCAUUCUCAUCGUUGACCUCCGACCCACGGCGGCUCCCCGAAGUUGGCCCACCCUCCUCCGUCCAAUCCGCCUCCAACCUGCCCAGCAUCGGUGCGUUAGCGACCGGCAAAGGGGUCUCUUUUGCUGCAGCCGCCGUGUACGAGCACGAGUUGAUGCUGGCCCCCUCGGCUAGGCCGGACGGCCACAGCGACAACCACGGCCAGAUAGGCCUGACUCGUGGAUUCCCGCCUCUGGGCAGUGAGUCCAAACGACUGGCCGAUCUGCCUCAGGAUGGUACGCAGCAGUCGGCAGCCCCAAAGCCACAACAUCCUCAGAGGCUGCAGCAACUGCAUCACCAACGUCAGCAUCAGAAUCAGCACCAGAGGUUGGUGCUCCUGCAGGACGCUGUCUAUCAUCCCAACUUUACCUACAGGCCAAACUUCGAGACGAUCGCCGACCAGUCUUGUUGUGGAUCCCGUCCUCCUCGUCCACAACAGUCACAGCCACAGCCACAGCCACCUCCACCGCUCUUCUCACACACGUCAUCGUCAUCGCAACCUGCGGUCGCAGCAAAUGCAGCUGAUCUCGACCACUCGUUCCAGCCUCUCUAUCAAGCCAAGCAUCUGCACCACAGUCGACAGGUACACGAGAGGCAGGUGAUCUGGUUGGAUAGGGCCUCGGGGCACACGUCACAGCCGAUGGAGUGGGUCGUAAAACGGAGGCCAGACGGCACGCGUUAUAUCACUCGUCGACCCGUAAGGUGA